UGUGUUAUUUUAGUGUACUAUAUGCUGCUCUCAGGGCUGCAGUUCUCAAUAGAUUCAUUUUACUGUGUUAUUUUAGUGUACUAUAUGCUGCUCUCAGGGCUGCAGUACUCAAUAGAUUCAUAUGACUAUUUUAUACUGCUUCAGGUACCACUGCAGAGUAGCACAAUACCUGCGUGACUUAUUAUAGACAUGUUGCUCUUGAAGCACGAGAGCUUAUUUUAUUAGGACCUGAGCACUGAUGGUGUGAGGACCCUAUUGUAAUUGCUCAGUAAAUUAUUGUUGUUCUCUGAAAUCAUUUUUGAGGGCCUAAACAUUCUCGAAAACUCAUGAAACUUUGCACACGUGUCAGAAGUGGUGGAAAUGUAUGUCUCAUAAGGGUUUCACAAUUAGGUGUGGCAAAAUGGCUUGACAGCGGCACCUUCAAAAUGUCAAUUAAGCACAGUUCGUGCUACGUUUAACGUACAAGUAUGAAAUUCGGUUGCCCACCGGUUUUCCUAAAGCCACCGGGUGCAAAGGCCCUUUCAUCACUGCUUUCAGCUUUAAUUUUAUCCUAAUAUUUGAUGCUUUAAAAUUGGUGUCAUUGUUCUCCAUAGGUAAUGCUAAUGUUUCCAAUGUUUUAUUAUCAGCUUAUUCCUCUGCUUUCAAGGAGCAUUUCUUUCUGAGAUAAAUGAAUGUCUUACAAAUUAUGAAGUCUGGAGGACUGCAUGGAAGAGGCAUCGGAAGGAUUGGACCCUAUCCACUUUACAUGGAGAGUUUUGAAUCCCUCAUAGAAAACAACGAAGUAUCUGAUGAGAUAAUGGAUGCUUUGUUCCAUCUGUUCAGCAGGAAGCGGCCAGAUGUUUUGGCCAUCAAUAAUCAGACCCUGGGUCACAUUCUGGAGGGUGACACCCGGGCUAGGAGCAGUUAUUUUACGAAGAAGAACAUAUUUGAAAAUAAAACUAAGGUUGUUGGUCCCUUUUUGGAGGACGGGAAUCAUUGGACUUUUUUUCACUGCAGCAUUGUUGACCGUACAAUUACAUACCUUAAUUCACUUGGGGAAACAGAUGAACAAUACAACAAAAUAGCAGAAAACUGGAGCACAUUUGCUGCUUCAAAAGGCUACCAGGGGCCAUGGAAAAGAGUUCUCAGGAAACAUAGCUUACAGCAUGAUAGCAUUUCAUGUGGUGUUUUCACAGCUGUGUUUGCUGAGGCCAUACUUGGAGGCUCGGGGGGAUACCUUAUGUGCUCUCCUAUCCAGGAAGAGAGGGAGCGUCUGGGGACACUUCUCUUUAGUUCACUUGAUAGGUCAGGUAUUUGUGGUGUCUGUUUUUACAAGGUACCCAGGAAGAACAAGGAAAAAUGUUCAACAUGUUUUGUAAAUAUUCAUAAAAUCUGUCUACCUGGGAGACAGGAGGAUGCAAAGUGUCUUUUUUGCAAAGAAAAAAGCUCAGGAGAAAGAGAGGACGAACCUGAGGGACAAGACAGAUCAGGAGAAAAAGAGGAUGAACCUGAGACACAAGACAGAUCAGAAGAAAAAGAGGGUGAACCUGAGGGACAAGACAGAUCAGGAGAAAAAGAGGAUGAACCUGAGGGACAAGACAGAUCAGGAGAAAGAGAGGAUGAACCUGAGACACAAGACAGAUCAGGAGAAAAAGAGGAUGAACCUGAGACACAAGACAGAUCAGAAGAAAAAGAGGAUGAACCUGAGGGACAAGACAGAUCAGGAGAAAAAGAGGAUGAACCUGAGACACAAGACAGAUCAGGAGAAAAAGAGGAUGAACCUGAGACACAAGACAGAUCAGGAGAAAGAGAGGAUGAACCUGAGGGACAAGACAGCUCAGGAGGAAGCAACCAAAAUGAAGGAAUUCAGGAAGAAAGCAGCUCGGGACUUAACCAAGUUCAAGGGGGAUUCCUGGUGGAAAGUGUUUUAAAAGUUUCAGACUCUCAUCAAGCAAAAAGGUAAAAAAAAUAAAAAUAAAUAAAUGUAUAUAUAUAUAUGCGAUUUCAAUACCCC